UCAUUUGGAUUUUCUUUUCCUUUGAAUUUCUUACCUACUAUUUUACUUCUUCUUAAUCAUCUCAAACUCUCCCUCUAGGGUUUUUGUGUGUGUGCUUCCUUUCUAGGGUUUUGGAAACUGAAGAAGAGGAAGCUUUUGGGUUGAAAGUUACUGCUAUCUCAAGCUUCCAAGCAUGUCUCUAUCAACUUCUCUUUCCACCUGUACAGCACAACCGGUUGUUCCUAAAUCAGCAAAAUGCUACCAACAAUGCUCCUAUACAAAUUUCAUCCCAAAUCGAUCAGUUCUUUCAAAACCGCUUCACAGUAAUGACAGAGCACUGUCAAGUCUGUCCCUCGCUAUGAAUUCAUCAAAAUGUCAAGGAAACGGAAAAAUCUUACAUAGUGGUGGAUUCCAGUGCCAUGCUUUGGACAUAAAAUCACCUUCUUCAUUUUUAGCUGGGGAGAAGUUUCAACUCGAUGAUGUCAUAGAGGCUCAGCAGUUUGAUUUAGAUAUCUUGAAUGCCAUUUUUGAAGUUGCUCGUGAAAUGGAAAAUAUUGAGAAAAGAUCAGGCCAAAGCGAAAUUUUGAAGGGAUAUCUAAUGUCAACUCUCUUUUAUGAGCCAUCGACAAGGACCAGGCUUUCUUUUGAAUCUGCUAUGAAACGGUUGGGUGGUGAAGUUUUAACAACAGAAAAUGCACGGGAGUUCUCAUCAGCAGCAAAAGGAGAAACACUAGAAGAUACCAUACGAACUGUAGAAGGAUACUCAGAUAUAAUUGUAAUGAGACACUUUGAAAGUGGUGCUGCUAGAAGAGCAGCUGGAACAGCUAGCAUUCCUAUUAUCAAUGCUGGGGAUGGUCCUGGACAACAUCCAACCCAGGCACUUUUGGAUGUGUACACAAUCGAAAGAGAGAUAGGCAAACUGGAUGGCAUUAAAGUUGGCUUGGUUGGAGAUCUUGCUAAUGGAAGGACAGUACGAUCACUAGCUUAUCUACUUGCAAAAUAUCGUGAUGUGAAAAUAUACCUCGUCUCUCCAGAUGUAGUAAAGAUGAAGGAUGAUAUAAAAGAUUAUCUUACCUCAAAGGGAGUUGAAUGGGAGGAGAGCGCAGAUUUGAUUGAAGUGGCUUCUAAAUGUGACGUGGUCUAUCAAACACGUAUCCAAAAGGAACGGUUUGGGGAGAGGAUUGAUCUGUACGAGGAAGCUAGAGGGAAAUACAUUGUGGAUAGGACAGUGUUGGAUGUGAUGCAGAAGCAUGCUGUAGUUAUGCAUCCCCUUCCAAGGCUUGAUGAGAUAACUGUAGAUGUUGACGCGGAUCCAAGAGCUGCCUAUUUUAGACAAGCGAAAAAUGGUCUUUAUAUUAGAAUGGCUCUUUUGAAGCUUCUACUUGUUGGAUGGUGAAGUGUAGAAUUCCCACCUUAAGAUUUUGAUAGUGUUGCUUACCCAAGCGUGUUUACUCACAGGUAAACAAGGUUUUGAUAGGUAAAAAUAAGAGGAUAAUUUGCACGUUACUGUUUUCUUUUGGCUUCAACUAAGUCGAAUGAGUAAGCAAACCAGUGAGCAAAAGAGUUUUAUCUGAUUCUUCAACUUCAACAUUAUACUGCGUUUUUUUU